AUGAAACAAACUGAUACCCUCAAUGACAUGGUAUCGAACGGGUUGUUAAAUGCUACUCCAACUAACCAAACUUCGACUUCAUUAGAAACACUCUCUGGAUGGUAUGAUCAGUUAGAAACUAUUAUUUCAUCUUCAGCCACUUCUAUCGAAGACUCCCCUCAUUAUAUAACUAAUAUGGAUAACAUCGCUAGCCAAGGGAUAUUUCACAAUCCUUUAAAGGAAGAUGUAAACAUAACACUCAAUAACUAUAACAGUGUUUCCAGCGUUGAAGAACCAAUAUCGUUACCAAUUGAAAACAAUAACACUGUUAAAGUUAAAAUAGAAGAUUCACAACCUUUCAUUUUCCAAGAUACGAAUGGUAUAUCAAAUAGUACAUCUACCACUGACACUUCGAAUGCAAAGACUACUAAGGUUAGGGCCCCUAAAAAAUAUAGAAAAAAAUUAACUAACGAUCAAAAAGUUGCACACAACAAAAUUGAAAAGAGGUAUAGAAUUAAUAUUAAUACAAAAAUCGCUAAACUUCAACAGAUUAUUCCGUGGGUUGCUGCUAAUGAUACAGCUUUUGAAGUCAGCAACUUAAUAAAUGAUAAUAGAUCUAAUUUAAUUUCCGGAGUAAAAUGUAAUGCUAAAGUUAACAAGAGUAAAAUCUUAGACAAGGCAGUGGACUAUAUCCAAUACUUACAAGACAACGAGCAAUUGUUUCUUCGUGAAAAUCAAAAAUUGAGAGAAGAAAAUGAUAAAUUGAAGGCUAAUUUGACUACUCAAUUAGGAAAAUUGAACAACUUCAACACUUAA